GUGUUGGCGUAUGCCCUUGCCAAUCUGGAUGGCUAUCUCCCUUCGGUUGCAAGUCUACAGGGUGAGGUCUAUCAUCAGAUUGUUGCACUGGUGCGAAUGCUUUCUGACUUCAACUUCGCCCAGGCGAAGAUGUGUAUCGGAGUCUUGGAUUGUGUUGAGACUUGCGCGUUGCUUGGCGACAACCUGAAGGUCACUGGCAGCAUGUCCUUGGCUGGCUCUAUGUUCCUGACCGAACCGAACGGGCGCUCUGUGAUGAAAGGGCUAGCUUGUUUGCACGACCUUACCGGUGUCGAUCCUGCUGCGGUGUACUGGAAUUACAUUUCCAGCCGAGCGGAAGCAUUGGACUUGCAUGUCGCGACCCCGAGCCACUUGGUCCUAGCCAGGCUUGCAUGCCUGACACGAACCGUGCAGGCAUCUUCCUUGCAAGCCCUGGCAAGCGGUUGGGAAGACUUGACCAAUCAGGAACAAGACGCAUUGCUGGAGCUUUUCCUCACAGAUGGACACGCUGACAAAGCCUUCAUUCUAUUGUAUCUGCCUUUGUUCCUCGCGAACGCAUCAGCAAAUCCGGAACUCGGCCUCAGACAUGGCUUGCAGUUCCUGGUGGAGCUCCAUACGAAAUUAAUGGCACACCGCUGUCUAAACCAGGAGGCCUCCACUGUGACAGUGGACAUAUCAUCUCUGGCAUCCGCAGCGAAGAGCAUUGACGGCGCCCGUCUCCUCAGACUGUGUCUCGAUUGCGCGCGGAUCGUCAAACACGGCACUGGCGUCACAGUUCUGCUGACAGCGGAGAGCUAUCAGUUCAUGUCAGGCUCGCAGAAGGGGCAAUCGUCGCGGUUCGGAAAAAUGAGCAGCGCAGGGCCAAACGGCACAACCGCUUUGUUGCAAUAA